CACACUGAAGUUAGAAGAUAUGCUGCAUAAGAAGAGAGGCUUAAAGCUUUUUCUUUACACUGUCCAAAUUGUGAAUUAUUUCAAGAAUUCCUUCCACACCUUCAAAGUUACAAGCCAUGGAUACUUCUCAUCCUCUUUCUAUUGAAAGCUUCUCUUACAGCUGGUUAGUGAACCUGAAGCCAUCACUAGAAAGCCUUGAUGGCUCCCUUAGAACUUCCCUUGAUGCUUCUGAUGAAGCUUCUUCCUUCAUUGAAAUGGACCCAAGAAUGCCACCUUCUAAAAGAUUCUUCAGAAACUCCCAAGAUUUCAAAUUUGACUUCCCAAUUUCACAAUCCCCUCUCACUCUUGUUGAUGCUGAUGAGCUCUUCUCCAAUGGCUACCUCAUGCCCCUUUUUGUUGAGUCAUUGAAGAUGGAAGCAUUUGAGGCCUCAGAUGCCAAUCCAACCCUACCUUCCUCAUCACAUGUGCCAAAAAGUGCGGUUCCAAAUGGUCAUUCUAGAUGCCCUUCAUUGAAAAGGUGCAGAACAUUAUCAAGGAGAAUAUUUCGCAAGUACCUCAACUUCUUAAGGCCCUUGUGUAGAAGAUUGAGGAGUGGCAAAUCAGGCUCAAAACCUGAAUCUGUUGUUAAGAGAACUGAGUCAGCAAAGAAUAGGGGAUACUAUUCUGAAACAUCACCACGGAUUAGUGUAGCUUAUUCUGCUGAUGACUGGCGCAAGUCCUGUGAUUCUGAAAGCUCAAUUUAUGAAGCAGUUCUCCAUUGCAAAAGAUCCAUUGAAAGAAUGAAUUAAGGAUGCUGCAAAAGGGUUGCAUUUGGAGAUCAAAAAAUGAAAAAGAAAAGAGAAGAUAAAGGGAAAAGAGAGAGAUGAUCAAGGCUAAACCACCAUGAGCAACUCCUCUGCUCCAUUGACCAUUAUCCUCUGCUUGAAUGAUAAAGGAAUGUUAAUAGGAAAUAAAGAUGUGGUUGGCCAGGCAUUUUCAAGCUUUAUGAUCAAAUCCUGAAAGAAGAAAAAAACAUAGUACAAUUUUGUCUGUUCAUCUAAUUUAAUAUGAGAAGGAACACUUUUACUACAGAUGAGAAUCUGCCUCCUAUUUCAGUAAAGUUCUUAUUCAACUGAUUUUGGAAUCAGAAAUGUGUGCUACAAAACAAAUUAUGUACAUAUGAUUCUAAUAACUUGGUAUAUAUCUUAUCUCCUAUGUUAUUGCCUCCCUAUUCCAUAAACACGAUCUAUGACAUGCCUUGAAAGAGAGGGUUUUUGAUUUUCUCUUUCUCCCUCUCUUUCUGUCUCUCUCUUCUUGUUC